UAUUCUGGCCUCAAACAAUUGUUCCUUGCAAAAUAGGAGAUGACUCUUGAGGAGUAUGAGAAGGUCCGGGAAGAGAAGAGGAAAGCCCUGCUGGCCCUUAAGACCGAAGAAAGAAAGGUCGAUGCUAAGGAGUUUGAGUCAAUGCAACCACUCUUCAAUAAGAAGGGCAAUGAUGAUGUCUUUAUUAAAUUGGGUUCUGAAAAGGAUAAGCGGAAGGAGGCUGCUGAGAAGGAAGAGAAGGCCAAAAAGUCUGUCAGCAUCAAUAUGUUUUUGAAGCCCGCUGAAGGGGAGAGGUAUUACAACCCAGGUGGUCGUGGUCGCGGACGUGGCCGUAGUUCAAGAGGAGGGUAUGGAGGGGGCAGUGCAAUGAGUAGUGUGUCAGCCCCUUCCAUUGAGGACCCUGGUCAGUUCCCAACCUUGGGGGCUAAGUGAGAUUGUCUAGAACCCCAUUUAAAUCUCUGUUGGUUUGUCAAAUUUUGGGUUCUUUCCUUAUGAUCAUGGUCAGGAAAUUGACUUGAAUAAUGUGGUUUCCUGUAUCAGAAGAGAUAUUUUCAAUUUUAUGCUUUAAAAUGUAUAUUUUAGGCGUUUCUUCAUGUGUGCCCAUGUAGCCUUGUUAUGAUUUAACAGUUAAGAUGGGGCAUAUGAAAACUAUUUAUUUACGACUAAAAAUUAUCUUGGCAGUUUUGAGGAUUUAUUAAUAGUUUAAUAUGCCUGUUUCUGUUAUGAUA